UAAUUCCGAAACAGUGUGCAUGACAAUGACCAUCCAAACCAACACCCACGUAACGUUUACCAUUCAAAAGUACAGAAUACCGAAUAGCACCUUGUGUGAUGAACCGAGCGGCCGAAUAGGUGCUUAAUAAAGGUUUUAUUAGUGUCGUCACUAAUUAGGGUAUCUUUUAAUAACCGAUCCAUCAUUUAAUUAGCCUGUUUUACUGUUACAUCAGUACGGCCGUGACUUUUUCAUGGGCGAUUUCCUUCUCUGUUCUGUAUGUGGCUAUUUUAAAGGAGUUUUUUGAUUUUGAACACGGUUUAAGAUGGAGGAGAAAUCGGACCUCAAAGAAAGGAAAAGCCUGAAUGAAAUAUUAUGGUUGAAGAGAUCAAGAUUGGAAAAACGUCUCAUAUUGGUUGCAGUUGGUUUCAUUGUAUUAUUUCUCAUUGUCCUCACCUUGUACCUCGUUCUAAGGAAACCGGAAAUAUGCACCAGUUCCACCUGCUUGGAAAGCUCUAUGAAUUUGCUCAAUCAAAUCGCCGUUGGCCUGGAUCCAUGCCGCGACUUCUAUAAAUUCUCCUGUGGAAAUUUCCUGAAAAACACAGACCUGGAAAGAGAGCAUUUCCGCACUGCACCGGAUAUUAUGAGGGAGGAAAUCCAAUCGAGAAUUAAGAACAUGCUCGAGCAGCCUGACCACAAGGAUGAUGCCUUAGGUCAGGCCAAAAUAUUCUACAGCGCCUGCAUGAACCAAUCGGCAGUUGAAAGCGACGGAUUGAAGUGGAUGAAACAAAUUUUCGCAAGAAUGGGUGGCUGGCCCAUCCUGGAGGGUGAGGACUGGAACGAGGAGGAGUUUGAUUGGAAGGAGACCGUACACAAACUCAGACAAAUGGGCAUCAAUUUCGAAUUUUUCAUAAAUCUGUCGGUGGAACGCGAUAAAAAGGACCCGGCUGAAUACGUUUUACAACUCAGUGAUCCUUACAAGAAUCAUAAUCAACCAAUUAAUGCAGACAUCCAAAGAAGUUACCUCAGAUAUAUGGAGGAGGUUGCAGUUUAUUUUGGAGCAAAUCUUGUAAAUGCCAGAAUAGAACAGAAAGAUGUUUUGACAUUCACAAAGAAGUUAGCUGAGAUUUCUAAUAAUGGCAUAAGAAACAAUAUGUCGAAUCUCUACAAUCCAUACGUUCUAUCAGAACUUAAAUUCGAAUUCACUAGUAUCAACUGGUAUGAGUACAUAAACGGUAUUCUGUCACCAAGUGUGAAAAUCAGUUAUGACGAUCAAAUUCUGGUACCAGACCCCUUCUAUUUGAGGGACUUGGAACAUUUGAUGCUGAAUACGACCAAACGUGUUUUAUCAAAUUUCAUGGCAUGGCAUACGCUCCAACAUUACAUCAACUUCAUGCCAUCUGAAUUGGUGAAUAAGGCAUAUGAUUAUAUGGAAUCUCUUGGUUCAGUUUCCAGAAGACCUAGAUGGCAAAUGUGUCUUGAUGCUGUGAAAGAAAGAAUGGGACCUGUCAUAUCGUCGGCUUAUAUCGAACAAUACUUCGACGAAGAAACUAGACGGGAUGUUACCGAUAUGGUCCAUAACAUAAAGGACCAGUAUAAAGAGGCCCUAAACGGUUUGGACUGGAUAGAUGACGCGUCGAGGAAAGUAAUUUUGGAGAAACUUCACGACAGCGCCGUCGACAUUGUUUCCUACGAUGAUCUCAGUUCAUUGAAUCUGCACCGAGCAGCUUUCUCAGAGGUGAAAGUCUAUCAAGACAAUCUUCUCCUGUCAGUGAUGAACCUGGACAAAUUCAGAUUGGACUCCAAAUUCCGCAAGCUACGUCAGCUAGUUCACAGGAAUUGGCUGGAAGAUCCAGACUUCGUCACAGGACUCAAUAUCGCUAUCUCGCCCUUCGACAACAUUCUUGUCAUCCCAGUGGGCAUCCUGAACAGCAUCUACUACGCGAAGGACCGACCCAAAUACUUGAAUUACGGCGCACUUGGCUCUGUCAUCGGCAAUAUAGUAUGGCAAAUAUUCGCAGCGACGAAAUACAAAGAAAUGGGCGGAGAGGCCAAAAGCUGUUGGACCCCUGUCACCCUGCUGAAUUACGAAGACAGGCUUAAAUGUUUGGGCAGGGCUUUUGGAAGAGCAGCGACCACUACACACCAUAUGUACAAUGGCAGCAAAGCUUCUGAGGAAGAUAUCAUGUACAUGGCAGGAGUUAAAGUAUCAUACGAUACUUACAGAAAGUGGUCAAGCGUAAAUGGUAGAGAACCAAACUUGCCUGGUAUAGAACUGAAUCCAGAACAACUUUUCUGGGUGUAUUUUGCUAGACCAUUUUGUGCAAAAUACAACAAUUAUCUUGAUUCUCCAGAAAAAGUGAGAGUGAAUGGAAUUGUCAGCUGCAUUGAAGAUUUCGGAAAUGAUUUCAACUGUAAUUCUAAGGAUAGCAUGAAUCUUGAAGAAAAAUGUGAUAUAUUCUGAAUAGGAAUGAGUCAUUGUACAGAUGUUUAUGAUUAUUAAAUUUUUCUAAUUUUUGUUGCAA